GUUUCAGUAAGGGAUGGUCUGAAUUCCAGUCUCUGUGAAGAUGGCACCGCUGGAUUGAACUUCCAGAAAGAGACUGAAAUUGCAAGAUCUGUCUGUGCCAAACAGCAAAGUCCUAAUUCUAGAGCAUCUAGCCAGUCUGACAGCUCUCCUCCCAAAGGAGUGAAGAAGUUUCAGUUGCCAGCAAAGGAAAUAUGUGUUACUUGCAAGAAGAUUGUAUAUCCAAUGGAGCGUCUCUUUGCCAACCAGCAAGUCUACCACAUCAUCUGUUUCCGCUGUUCUUACUGCAACAGCAAACUCACUCUUGGAACAUACGCAUCUCUUCAUGGACAUAUUUACUGCAAACCUCACUUUAACCAGCUCUUUAAAUCCAAAGGUAAUUAUGAUGAAGGUUUUGGACAGAAGCCUCACAAAGAGCUAUGGGCAAGCAAAACUGAGAAUGAUGACUCUCAGGAAAAACAUACCUGUAUUGGAAAUGCUGUGGAAGCCCCUCGAAGUCCAGGAGUAGAAGAUGCUCCAAUUGCAAAAGUUGGGAUUUUAGCUGCCAGCAUGGAAGCAAAAGCUGCUGGGGUGCCUGAGAAGGAAGAAAAAACAACAGAGACAAAAAAGUUGAAGAUUGCUUGGCCACCUCCUUCUGAACAAGGCAGUCUAGGGAAUGUCUUGGAAGAAGGGAUUAAAGUGUUCAAACCAAAGUGGCCUCCAGAAGAUGAGGUCCAUAAACCAGAUCACCAGGAAGAAGUAGACCAAGAUCUUAAGAAGCUACGCAGAACAUCAUCACUAAAAGAAAGAAGUCGGCCAUUUACAGUAGCUGCCUCAUUUAGAACAGUAUCUGUGAAGAACUAUCAAAUGGGAAAAACAUCUCCUUCCAAGCAUGAAAGAAGUAUGGCACGGCAAAGUGAUGACCUGGUGAAGGAAAUGGCAGUCAAGAACAAGCCAAUGGAAGAAAGCAUUACAGCUGAGUAUGUUGGUACCCCAAAUACUGCUGGGAAGGAUAAAGAACUAGAUCAGGAAAAGGAAGAAGCACAAGAUGAAGACAGCCUAAUUAAGAAUGGGCAGAGAGAUGCUGAGCUUGAGAAGGAAGGUGGUGCAGGACAGCCAGCAUCCUUUGAGAAAGAACCAAUGAUUUGCAUCUCUCCGGAAUAUUCCACCAUGAGUCUGACAAUUGAAAAAGAAUUCUCCACUAGUCCAAAUCAUAGAUCCGAAGAUUUAGGGCUUUUUGAGGGGAAAGACCAAGAAGAUUUGACAGUGGAAGAACAGAUCAAGAGGAAUAGAUAUUAUGGUGAAGAAGAAGAUAAUGAAGAAGAAUAGAUUUUACUCUUUUUUUUUCUUUAAAUAGAGAACUUACUGAAGGGUGCUGGGCCUUAAGUUGGAGUUUAAUUUUUUGUUCUUUCCUAAAGCAGGGGUCUUUAUGAAAGUGACGUUGUGUGGCGAGUUAGCAUGAAAAUCACAUAACUCGUCAGAUCUGCAUUUUAUAGGAAAAUACUUUGGAAACCUGCAAGAAUGUUAUUGUGAAAAAGCCUAAAUGCUUAAAAUUGUGGAGAUAGCUGCUGCCUCAGUUGAGCAAAACUGCAUUUCAGAUUCCAUUCUGUAACUUGGUCACUUAAAAGGCAUCUUACUCUCUUCUGCUUAUGCAAUUUCAGUCAUUUCACCGUUGAAGCGAAAGAGAUAAGGCUUCGAUAUAUAUUAUGACAACAUAAUCACUACUAACAAUACUACUGCAAAGCUUCCAGGCCAAUUCCCAAGGGAUGGGGACUACUUUAAAUGAGACUGCACUUUAAUGUAUAUAUAAAGGCACAGUAAUACUUUUUUUAAAAUGGUGGUAACACUGUUUUCAAGAGAGGUGUUCUUCAGUACCCACAGUCUGAUAUGCAGCCUGCAACUUGAUAGAAGAGGAAUGCUGACUUUGCUUGAUCAGGAUCAGGAGAGAAUCUUUGCACUUUGCUCUUCUUUUUUUUUUUUUGGCCCAUACAGCUCUAGUUGUAAAUUGGAACCCAAUUUGGUGCCUGUGAGUCAGUUGGCUUUCUCCAAGCUGGGCUUAGGAGCAUCUUUAGUCCCAAGAAUCAACUGCACGGCGGCAAAGCUUCUGUCUUUCAGAUAUCACUAUUUACUUUCUAUAUAUGUUGUCCUGAAUAACAUUUCCCUCUUGAAACUUUGAUUCUCUCAUUGGACAAGCAAUCAAAAUUUUCUAUGAACCAAACUGCCAGAUUUGACUCAGUAUGAAAAAUGUUGCAAGAAAAAAAAAUCUAUACGAUGAUAAACCUUUUUUGAGACUGAUAGCAUUAUGCUUUUAGAGCUUUUCGACUUGGCUGCAUGUGUUUUAUAAAUCAUAGUGUUUUGAAUUGGUUAAAAGUUGUCUUGCGAUAAUUUCAAUAGGGUCAUGCAGCGCUUUGGAUUCAAUUCCAAAAUGGCACUUGAAAGUAUGUGGGAGCAUGAAGCAUACUACCUGCAUGCAGGUUUUUAAAGCAUCCUCAUCUUUUUCCAGAUCAGAUGGCAGCUGCAGAGGACAGAUGAGCAAUCCUGGGAAAAGAUGUGUCUGCUUUAAAAAGUUGCAGACCAAUGCUUAAUUCACACACCCCUGUGUUCUGAAGCACCUUUUGGGAACUGACUCCAAAGCAUUGCAUAGCCCUUAUUUUAAUCCAUUUUAUGUAUUUACUUAAAUUCUAACUAUAUUUUAGAAUUGUAAAAUAUCCUACUUUUCUUACAAUCUUAUGAAGUCUGAAACAUUUUUACUUAAUAAACACUCUGUCAUUUUUA